UCAAAUAUUUUACGUUUAGAUCCAUUUGCAUUUUAUCAUUUAGGUAAUGAUCAAACAUUUUUAUUAUUAUUAAAUAAUAGUUUAGAUUUUAAAUUAAAUGAUGAUAAACAUUUUUGUACAUUUGCUAUUUUAUCAUCUAUAACACUUAUUAAAUUUUCUUAUAAUUUAAAUGAAUGUACAUGUACACAUCGAUAUAUUUAUCGUCAUAUUGAUAAAUCACAAAUUUAUUUAACACCAAAAUGUUAUCAAAAUUCACCAAUGUCUUUAUUAGCACAAGAAGAAAAUAAAUGUCAAUUUGAACAACGUUUAUUAAAAUGUCAAAUACUUCCAGAUAAUAUAUUAAUUUAUGGUAAAUAUUAUAAUUCAACAUAUUUUUAUUCAAAACAAAAACAUUUAUUAUAUAUACAUAAUAUUUUAUUAAAAUAUAAAACAUAUUUUAUUAUUGGUACAAUUAUAACAUUAAUAUUAUUAAUUAUAUUAAUAAUUUUUAUAUUAUUAUUACGAAAACAUCGUCAUUCAUAUGUACAUUUAAAACGUUUAUUACGAAAACGUGAUUCAACAACAAUUGAUAAUCGAAGACAAACAAUUGAUGAUGAAGAUAAUUUAAAUGAUGAUAUACCAUCAAUAAAUAUUUUACAUCAAAGAAUAAAUGAAAUAAAUAUUGGACAUCAUGAAAUGCAACCAACAUUUUCAUCAUUAAAAGUAUAG